CCUGCCUAUUCUCUUAAAACUAUGGAAUCCUAAUCUGACUGUCUCCCCUAAUGUCUGGUGUUGGAAACAUUUAGGGAUUGAAGCUUCAUAACCUAUUUGGGAUGAUGACUAAAAUGGCGCAUGAUUCUGGAGUGGUGCAGAAGCUAGACUUCUCCAGCAGUGAGGAAGAGGAUGGUGGAAGCAGUGGAUAUUUGACUGGUUCUCAAUGUUCAGAGGAAGCCAGUGGCAACAUGACAUGGAGGACGUACAAGAGCCCCUUCCCGGUGACUCCGCAGAGGAAUGACAGAGGCGUCUCGCCCUCCCAGGAGGACCAUCAGGAAAGCAGCCCUACCGGCAGUGACUGCUCUCCUCUACGGAUGGAUGAUGGGGAAUGUCCUGGAUCCUCCAUACUGUACAACACAUGGAAGAAGCUGAAGCUCUGUGAUACUCCAUAUACCCCAAAGAGUUUGCUGUACAAGAACCUGCCAUCUCCUGGCUCCAGAGUACCCUGCAGGGGGCAGAGGCUUCUGAGGUUUGCAGCUGACGCUGGUACAGAAUUGGAGGACCCCAAUCUGGUUAACAUUAAUCCCUUCACCCCUGAUACUUAUCGGCAAAUGCAGCUGAAUGCAAAUGGAAAGAGGAAGGCUGAGAACUGCAGCUCUGAGCCACCAUUCAAAUACAGGGAAAGUGAACUCUCUGCCUCAUUUAAUUCUAAGAGAUUUGUCCUGCGUAAAACCAACAUGGUGUCUAGAUACAAGACUGAAUUCCUGGAGAUCGAAAAAAUUGGAUCUGGGGAGUUUGGCGCAGUCUACAAGUGCGUGAAGCGGCUGGACGGCUGCGUCUAUGCAAUCAAGCGCUCAAAGAAGCCACUAGCGGGGUCCACGGAUGAGCAGCUGGCGUUGCGGGAAGUCUAUGCCCAUGCCGUCCUGGGUCAUCACCCACAUGUUGUACGCUACUACUCUGCCUGGGCAGAAGAUGACCACAUGAUCAUACAGAACGAGUACUGCAAUGGUGGAAGUCUGCAGAACCUGAUCACGGAGAACACAAAGUGCGGCCAGCUGGUGAUGGAACAGGAGCUGAAGGAGAUCUUACUGCAAGUGUCCAUGGGGCUAAAGUACAUCCACAGCUCCGGGUUGGUGCAUAUGGAUAUCAAGCCAAGUAACAUUUUCAUCUGUCGGAAGAUGAUGGAGCUGGGGCAGGAUGAAAGUGACGGAGAGGAUGACCUGAUGUCUGCUAGUGUCAUGUAUAAAAUUGGUGACCUUGGUCAUGUGACUUCGAUCGCGAACUCGCAGGUUGAGGAAGGAGACAGUCGUUUCCUGGCUAACGAGAUCCUGCAGGAGGAUUACAGUCAUCUCCCCAAGGCGGACAUCUUUGCUCUUGGCCUGACAAUCGUGGUAGCAGCUGGCGCGGGACCUCUUCCAUGCAAUGACGACAGCUGGCACCAUAUCCGGAAAGGGAACUUGCCAGAGAUUCCCCAGUUCCUGACGCCAGCCUUCCAUGACCUACUUACGCUACUGAUACACCCAGAUCCACAAUCAAGACCCUCGGCAGCUGCCAUGAUUAAACAUUCUGUACUCCGGCGAUCCCUUGGGAAGGCAGCGCAGCUUCAGAAACAACUCAAUGUUGAGAAGUUUAAAACAGCCAUGCUGGAGAGAGAGCUGAAGGCUGCAAAACUGGCACAAAGUUCUGCAAUGGACGAAUGCCCUGACCUACCCUCUCAGGCAAACUUGCUUUGCAGGACAAGAAAGCGUCUGGUGGGUGGCAAAAAUACUCGUUCGUUAAGCUUCACCUGUGGUGGUUAUUAGAACUACCGCUUAUAGGAAACCUUGGUGGGUCUCCAACUGUUGAACUACACUCCUAGUGUACCCAGGCCAUUCCAUAAUGGUUUGCCUACAGAAUAGCUGUCGCUGGUCUACACUAUACAAUCUGAGCCUCUUGUAUCUUCUGUUCCCCACUGAUGGACUAUUUGGCAUUAGAUGGUGGUUGUCAUGCCCAAACAUGCUGUAGCCACAAUUUAUAAACUGUUCAAUAAAACCCAGCAUGCCACUGUGCCAGCACUGGAUCAGAUUAAUCUCCUAAUUUGUACUUAUUGCUCUUUGUUGUGUAUAUAUUGUAUAGAAGGUAAUGUUUUAUGAUAUGGUCCACUUUUUUUCAAGGAUGUGGCUUUUUUUUUUUUAUUACAGACAGUCUAAUCUGUUAAUGC